AUGCCAGUCCGCGUCCUCAUCGUCGGCGCAGGCGCAAUAGGAGCAUUCUACGGAGCCCGCCUCUCCACAGCGUCCAACAUCGCCGUCUCAGCCCUCUGCCGGUCCAACUUCAAAGUGGUCCAAGCCAACGGAUUCAAAGUCACGUCACCGAAAUACGACGAGCAAAUAUUCAAACCCGAACAUGUUUUCAGCUCGCCUGAAAAUGCGCGGAAAGCUGGUGUGAAGUGGGACUAUCUCCUCGUGGCGACGAAAGCUCUUCCGGACGUCAACGAUGAUAGUGCACUGCUCGAAGGCCUGGUCAGUCCUGGCACGAGCAUUGUGCUUGUGCAGAAUGGGCUGGGAGUCGAGGAGCCGUAUAGGAGGCGUUUUCCCAAGGCUCCGAUUUUGAGCGCUGUGACCGUUGCGAGUGCUGCACAGCCUAGUCAUGGAGUCAUCCAGCACAAUCGAUGGACGAGGAUAUCUAUCGGACCUUAUCUACCGCAUCUCGAUCAAGGCGGAUCAGGGUCAAAGGCAGAGGACAAGGCAGCGGAUGAGAGUAAUGCGAAGCUUGUGAAGCUGCUGCAGGAUGGUGGAAUCAAGGAUGCCGAGUUAUACGACCACGCAGGCCUUCAAUUCGUACGAUGGCACAAAAUCGCCAUCAACGCCGCGAUGAAUCCCAGCUCGGUGCUGUCUGGUGGUGCUGGCAAUCAAGAAAUGUCUCUCGAUCCGGAGAUGUCGAUUAUGCUCACUGGCAUCAUGAAUGAGGUUUUGGAAACAGCGCCGAAAGUGCUGGGCAAACCUUUACCUUCCAAGCUGGCCACUGCUGAGGCAAUCUUGAACUCGACGAAGAAGAACAGCAGUGGCAGUCGACCGAGUAUGUGGGGUGAUUGGGAGAAGGGGGCGAAGAUGGAGUUGGAGGUUAUUCUUGGGAACCCGAUAAGGCUGGCGAGAGAGAAGGGACUGGAAAUGCCGAGGUUGCAGACGAUGUAUGCGUUGUUGAAGAAAGCACAGGAGUUGAGGGAUAAGCCGAAGGAGAGUAAGCUUUGAGGUAAGAGAUGUACGGAACCAUGCCUUGACGAGCUCGAGACCAACAGUAUCGUGAAUAGUCCCUC